GUUAACCAAAAAGCAGGAAGUCAAGUCGAUCAGAACAUUCAAUGUACUAUACCGAGCAGAUCUAGACUAAUAGUAGUUUUACGGAGCUGGACAGCUGGAUCUUGAAGUUUUUCCAACAUGAAACCAAAGUACUCCUCGUCCAUCCUGUUUGUGUUCGUCUUGGCUGCACAACUCCUCACUAUGGAAGCUGACAGUAAGGAUGAAUGUGAUGUUCGAGUGAAAGUACCCCGCAACACAAGGUACAACACUUUUCUCUGGGAAGACCUGAGGAUUAACUGCACGGUUACAUUCUGCAAGGAUCCACCACCAGAAGUCUCCUGGUAUAAACUUGAGCAAGAUGAGGUUCCUGUAAACUUCAGCAGGGGCAGUCGCUUUAGAGGAGAGUGGAAACGUUUGGAGCAUUUAAAAGGAGUAUCAUUUUUGAUUAUUCAAAAAACUGUCACAAACGACUCAGGUGUGUAUCGAUGUCAAAGUGGCCCAAGUAUUGGAUAUAACAUCAACGUCUCUGUCAGUGAGAGGGUCCUAACAACCACCGACACAUGGACGACUUCAGCAGCACCAGAGACAGCGCACACUGACGACUCUUUCCUGCCCUCUGUGUACCGCAUUGUUGGAAUCAUGGUGUUUGUCAUCAUAGUGACAGCUGUGUACAUUUCAGUGGAAUCUAAGAGCAGAGGGGUCAGCGAUGCAGGACCAUCCAGGGACGCACCAGACCCAGACGAAGAGCACUCCUAUCAUGCUUUGCCCAUGGAUCAGAUCUAUGAAAACACUCAGUAGUCUCCAUGUCUGAAUAUCCAGCGGUCACUGAUCUCUGUUUAGAAUAAAUUCAUAAAUAUUAGACUGAACUCCGUUUUUGGUUGAGCUUUCAUGCCUUUAAGAUAUAUUCUUUUAAUGUGGUCCAUUUCUGUAUAACAAGGCUUGUUGUUGUGAAUAAUAAUCUUCCUGUUAAAAGUA